CUCCUCUGCCUGCUGCCGCUGCCGCCGCCGGGUGCCUCAGGCCUGGCACCGCCGCCGCCGGAUGACCCUCGAGACCUGCCACCGCCACCCGGCACCGCUGACCCCGCUGCCCGCCUGCUGCGCGGCCGCCCCUCAGCCCCGGUGCGGCCCUACAGCCUCUCGCUCUCCCCCGAGGACUACCGCUACGCGCCCAAGCCCCGACAUCUACGGCCCGGGCGGCUUCGCCGGCUGCUGGGCUCGGCCUUCGACUCCUUCUGGAUGUCGGCCGAGGAGCCGGCGGGUCGCAACAGCACCGCCGCCACCGAGGACCUGGAGGCCCUGAGCCGGGAGCUGGCGGAGGGCGCCGGGCGGUACCGCCGCAAGCUGUGGCGCGAGGCCGAGGGGCUGGAGCUGCCCACCCUGCUGCCCCCCGUGCCCGGGCUGCCCCCCGAGCUGCCCACCACCGUGGCACGGCGCCUGCGGCAGUGGCUGGUGGAGUGGGCCGCUUGCCGCCUCACCUCUGCCUGGGUGGACCUGGGGCCCGUCUUCUGGCCCCGCUGGGUGCGCCAUACCGCCUGCCAGCCCGACGCCUCCGGCUGCUCCUGGCCCCCCGGCAUGGCCUGCCGUCCUGCCCAGCUCACCCACCUCAAGCUGCUGGCCUGGCACUGCUGGGCCCCGCGGCCCCCCGGCCCCCCGCACUGCGCCUGGCGCCAGAUCCCCUACCCCGUGGUGGUCGCCUGCAAGUGCUCCUGCCGCUGA